AUGUCUUUGGAUGAAGAUGCCUUGGAGACCGUCGCCAAUGGCGGCUCGAUUGACCUUGAUAAAUGGGCUGCUAUGGUCGAACCACUGCUAGAACGGCUGGAAUAUAUCGUUUACAAUGUGUUUCCCAUGCCCAAGGCGCCCCCGAGGUCUCAGCCCAACAAAGAAAAUGCAGCUCCAGGCGACCCGCAGAGUCCUUCACAGCCGCAGGCGGACACUACCCCACUUGCGUCCACCGAGCGCGUGCCAGAUUCGCAACCCCAAUCGUCUUCGCAAGCCAACGACGCCCUUCCUCCCCAGCUUGCACAACUGUUAAGCUCUAUCCGCUCGUCGAUCCAAUCAUUCUUCACGAGCAAGCCGCCGCACACAAUUCAGCGGUUUUCUGAGCUUAUCCUUCGUCCGACCGCUCACUACCGAACAUUACCCGCUUAUCUGCGUGCCGUGGACCGUGUCAUAUCUGUGACCAGCGAUGCGGCUAUUUUCCCAUUCACCACACCAGCAAAUACGAACGCCCAGCUGAAUGGUUUGGGGAGCGACGAAUCCUUGGGUGGCGCGCUUCUCACCCCAAUUCCGUGGUUGACCAAUGCUUCCUUUGGAGCCGAGGGUAUAUCAGAAAUGGAAGAGGAAGAUUCGGCAUCCGCUCAAGCUCACAAUAUAGAAACUGGAGGGUCACACGCCCCGGAUAGUGUUAUACCUCCCAUUGAACCUGAAGACAGUGCUACGACCGCUGGCUCCCCACCUGCAGAUUCAUCUGAGGAGGUUCCUCACGCUCGCGGACCCCCACUUUUGGGCGUUCAGGAUCUAGGUUUGCAGGAUGGACAAGGAGUGGAGAUGACGCUUGGUGAACAAGAAUCCCAGGGUGCGGGAGCCGAUGGUCCUGCUGACAUUCAGCCUCAAGCCUCUACUUCUGAAGCGAACCCAGCCGAUAAGGACGGAGACAUUGUUCUUGAUGGAACCCAAACCAAGGAAGAGGAAGGAAAGAUGGAAGACACGGCAGCUGCAGAUUCCGCUAAAGCGUCAGAGACAUAG